AGGAGGAGGAGGCGGAGGCGGAGGAGGAGAGCUGGAGGCGCGUCGGACAGCGGCGGCGGGCAUGGUGGGCCGGGAGAACGAGCUCAACAUCCACUUCGUCCCCGGACGCUGCCAGCUGGUGAAGGAAGAUGUUAACAUCCCCAGUAGACGUGCUUUGAUUACGGGGGCCACCGGGCUUCUUGGCAGAGCUGUGUACAAAGAAUUUGAACAAAAUAAUUGGCAUGCAGUUGGCUGCGGAUUCAGUAGAGCUCGACCCAAGUUUGAACAAGUUAAUCUAUUGGAUAAUAAUGCAGUACGUGACAUCAUACAGGAUUUUCAGCCUCAUGUAAUAGUGCAUUGUGCUGCAGAGAGAAGGCCCGAUGUUGUGGAAAAUCAACCAGAUGCCGCUUCCCAACUCAAUGUUGCAGCUUCAGGAAACUUAGCAAAAGAAGCAGCUGGAAUUGGAGCAUUUUUGAUCUACAUUAGUUCUGAUUAUGUAUUCGAUGGAACAAAUCCCCCUUAUAGAGAGGAGGAUGUACCGAAUCCCCUAAAUCUCUACGGUAAAACCAAACUAGAAGGAGAGAAAGCGGUUCUGGAGAAUAAUGUGGGUGCUGCGGUGCUGAGGAUUCCUGUUCUGUACGGAGAAGUCGAAAAGCUUGAAGAAAGCGCUGUGACCAUUAUGUUUGACAAAGUACAGUUCAGUAACAAAUCUGCCAACAUGGACCACUGGCAGCAGAGGUUUCCGACAAACGUUAAGGAUGUAGCUAGCGUUUGCCGUCAGCUGGCGGAGAAGAGAAUGUUGGACCCUUCAAUCAAAGGAACCUACCACUGGUCAGGAAAUGAACAGAUGACCAAAUAUGAAAUGGCGUGUGCUAUUGCAGAUGCAUUCAACCUUCCCAGCAGUCACUUGAGACCAAUUACCGACAGCCCGGUGGUGGGUGCCCUGCGCCCGAGGAACGCCCAGCUCGACUGCUCCAAACUAGAGACCCUGGGGAUCGCUCAGCGGACGCCGUUUCGAGUUGGAAUCAAAGAGUCCCUUUGGCCUUUUCUCAUUGACAAGAGGUGGAGACAGACGGUCUUCCAUUAAUUUGUAUUUUUUUAUUACAAAAGUACAGUAUGCGGCACUUUUUAAAGACAAAAGGAAAUAGUUUUGUACGAGUGUUCAAUUGUAACACGUGAUCUUUCAGGUAUGACGCUCUUGCACUCGACAUUAUCUAAAGAGGCUGUGGCGAAAGAACCUUAUCUGAAACAAUCUUUCCUUUUAUCACUUCAUUUAUAUGAGCUCAAUUGCCCGUUUUGCUUAAAUUAUGACUUUAGAUGGCACGGUUGAAGAUGGUCAGCUGUAGACCUGCUUUUGAAUAACGCCUAUGUCUUCUCUAGUCCCCGCCUGUGAUCCGUUGACCACUAUGUACGUGCAGACCUAUAUAGUGGUUAUUCUGAUGUGAAAAUCAUCGACAUUUACGGUUUGCUUUGCCCGAGCACAGAUCAAAAUGUUCCUGAAAUGUGAAACCCUCAUUUUUGCGAUUUUGAGCGGUGGUUUUAUGCUUGCGAUAUUUUCACAGCGUUAACAUACCUUGGAACGUCUUUGGCUUCCUCUGUAACUAUAACACGGUAAGCACGUGCGUCUGUCUGUGUGUCUUUUGUACCUGCCCGUUCUUUUCGCUCCACGAGAUUUGAUCCCUAAAAAUGUACCGUCUUCGUUUCGAGCUGUUUCCGAUAAUCAGCCUUGCGAGUUUCUCUGACCGUUCCGAAGCAACAAUAAAUAUAAUUCUGACGUGAUA